GACGUCAUCAUUUACCACAACAAAACACUAAAGAUGGACGCUGAUGUAUUAGCUACACUUAAAAUUCUUAUCAUUGGAGAAAGUGGUGUAGGAAAAUCGAGCCUCCUUCUGAGAUUUGUGGAUGAUACAUUUGAUCCGGAUCUAGGAGCAACUAUUGGUGUUGAUUUUAAGAUCAAGAGUUUAACAAUUGAUGACAAUAGAGUGAAGCUCGCAAUUUGGGAUACUGCAGGACAAGAGAGGUUUCGAACAUUGACGCCAAGUUACUAUCGUGGUGCUCAAGGAUGUAUUUUAGUUUAUGAUACAAGCAACCGUAGCACAUUCAACAAGUUGGAAGAAUGGUUAAACGAAGUAGAAGUUUAUUCAACAAAACGGGACAUUAUUAAAAUGUUGGUGGGAAAUAAAAUAGACAAGGAAAAUCGUGAAGUGGAUCGACAGGAAGGAAUGACUUUUGCUAGGAGAAACAAAAUGCUUUUCAUUGAAUGUAGUGCAAAAACAAAAGAUGGUGUGCAGUAUGCAUUUGAAGAGCUUGUUGAAAAGAUAAUCCAAACACCGGGACUUUGGGAAAAAGAUCAUCAAAAUACUGGAGUAGAUCUUUCAAGCAGUAGUCAAUCAGUUGUGCAGAGUUGCAGUGGGUAUUGCUCAAUGAUUUAAUUUUUUUCUUUGCCAAAAGACUAGUUAAGUGCAGCAAAUUUAGAUGUUUUCAUUAAUGUGAUACUUCCAUUGUGAAAAAUGUACGUAGACUUGAACCUGGAGACGAGUUGUUUUUGGAUUAGUGGUUUGGUAUAUGUUAGUUUCCUGCAUUUUAACAUUUGAGAACAUGUCAGAAAUUCAGCAAUUUCUUUCUAUGGAUGUUAUUCCUCAAUUGUUAUCGUCAAGGACGUUUUUUCUAUGACGAGACACGUUGAACAAGUAAAAUAUUUGUAAUAAGAAAGCAGCUUUAGUUAAAAUGUAGUUACGAAUGUGAAAUCAGUUGUGGAAGCCAUAAAAAUAAUCUGGUGCUGACUUUAAAUGAUAUACAUACAAGCAAUGGGUAUGUAAUCGUCCGUCAAUUCGUUAAUUUUUCAAAAUUUUGAUUUGUGACUGUACAAAAUGAAACUGUGCAUACUUUACGUGGUGUAUUUAAUUUGCUGUAUUAUAAAUAUUUGCGUAUCUUAAAGUUAAAAUAAUAUAAUCAAGUAUAUGAGUAAUAAAAAAGCACGUUAAUUGUAUUUUUAAA